GCCCUUUUGUGGACAGGCUCAUUAAGGAGGUCGAUCCUAGCUGAGAUGUUUCUGAGAAUCUAGUGAUUUCCGAGAAACUCCUCACGGUGUAAGUAGCUGAAGGGGUGGGGUGAGGCAGGAAAAGGAGACAAGCAUUUCUGGAAAAGGAAAGCAAAAGAAGGAGGAGAGGAGUAUUAAAAACCACCCCUGGCUAGGCUGGUCAUUCUCAGCUGCCCAACUGCCUAGUGUUUCUGGUGGCCACCUCCGUGUCUUCUCCCACAACCAGGUGUUCAUCUUGACUGACAGCUGUGACACUAGGUCCUGGAAGAUGGCAGAUGUGCCCAAUGGUGAGCCCUGCGCCUCUCCACUGGAGCUGUUCAACAGCAUUGCUGCUCAAGGGGAGCGCGUGAGGAACCUGAAAGCUGGAAAGGCAUCAAAAGAUGAAAUUGAUUCUGCAGUAAAGAUGUUACUGUCAUUAAAAAUGAGCUACAAAGCUGCCAUGGGGGAGGAUUACAAGGCCGACUGCCCUCCAGGGAACAACCCAGCAGCUGAAAGUGACAAUGGCCCAGAUGCCACAGAAGGUGGAGAGGAUUUUGUGGACCCCUGGACAGUACGGACAAGCAGUGCAAAAGGCAUCGACUAUGACAAGCUAAUUGUUCAGUUCGGCAGCAGUAAAAUCGACAAGGAGCUAAUAAACCGAAUAGAGAGAGCCACUGGCCAGAGACCACACCACUUCCUACGCAGAGGCAUCUUCUUCUCACACAGGGAUAUGAAUCAAGUCCUCGAUGCCUAUGAAAAUAAGAAGCCAUUUUAUCUGUACACGGGCAGGGGCCCCUCUUCCGAAGCAAUGCAUGUUGGUCAUCUCAUCCCAUUUAUUUUCACAAAGUGGCUGCAGGAUGUGUUCAAUGUGCCCUUGGUUGUCCAGAUGUCUGAUGAUGAGAAGUACCUGUGGAAGGACCUGACGCUGGACCAGGCGUACAGCUACACCCUGGAGAAUGCCAAGGAUAUCAUCGCCUGUGGCUUCGACGUCAACAAGACUUUCAUCUUCUCUGACCUGGAAUACAUGGGGCAGAGCCCAGGCUUCUAUCAGAAUGUGGUGAAGAUUCAGAAGCAUGUCACCUUCAACCAAGUGAAAGGCAUUUUUGGCUUCACAGACAGCGACUGCAUUGGGAAGAUCAGUUUCCCUGCAGUCCAGGCCGCUCCCUCCUUCAGCAACUCAUUCCCCCAGAUCUUCCGAAACCGGACAGACAUCCAGUGCCUCAUCCCCUGUGCCAUUGACCAGGACCCUUACUUUAGGAUGACAAGGGACGUCGCCCCCAGGAUUGGAUAUCCUAAACCAGCCCUGCUGCACUCGACCUUCUUCCCCGCCCUGCAGGGCGCCCAGACCAAGAUGAGUGCCAGCGACCCCAACUCCUCCAUCUUCCUCACUGACACGGCCAAGCAGAUCAAGACCAAGGUCAACAAGCAUGCAUUUUCUGGAGGAAGAGACACGGUGGAAGAACACAGACAGUUUGGGGGCAAUUGUGAUGUGGACGUGUCUUUCAUGUACCUGACCUUCUUCCUAGAGGAUGACGACAAGCUUGAGCAGAUCCGAAAGGAGUACACCAGUGGAGCCAUGCUCACCGGCGAGCUCAAGAAGACGCUCAUAGACGUCCUGCAGCCCCUGAUCGCUGAACACCAGGCCCGGCGCAAGGAGGUCACCGACGAGAUGGUGAAGGAGUUCAUGACGCCCCGACAGCUGUCCUUCCACUUUCAGUAACACUUGUUUUCUAUUUGCGUAUCAGUAUGCGUAAUUUCUUGGUAAUCCCAGCCCCACUGAAUCACACUCCCAUAGGCUUCUGUCACGCGGUAACGGCUGGGCUGGAUCCAUGAGCCCUGUGUGUGUCCUGGAUUCUGUUUGUCCCAGUGAUGUCUGUCCUUCCUGACUGUGGGCAAGUGCUGUGGUUGAUCGGGUGCUGCUAGCAUUGUGUGGUCACAUAGAAACCCCAGCUGUGAGUCUCUCCCACAGAGCGCCCAGGCCCCCAGAGGCCUGUGCACCUGGGAUCAGCCUAGGUUCCAGAUAGACUCCCAACUUCUACUCUGUAGAGAAGUGUGCUCUGUGUUCGAAGCCGGGUGUGGUGGUUCAUGCCCAUACUCCCAGCACUGACCAGGGAGACUGACUAGAAGAUCAAGAGUUCCAGGCCAGCCUAGGCUAUUUAAAAAAAGUAUUCUAUUUGCACAUAUGGAACCAAAAUGUCAUUGUUGUAAAACUUAAAAGUGCUGUGAAAAAUUCAUGUUAGAAAGUUUAAUAAGUAAAAGGUAUGUUUCAUCUCAUGCGCUCCCCCCCCAAAAAAAAAAUAAAAAUAAAAAGGAAUUGAUAGCUUUGCUUUACACUUGGCAAGAAACUACCCCGCUCCAGGCCGGGUGUGUAGUGCAGCGGUAGAGCAGGCGCUGAGCGUGCCUGAGGUUCUGGCCUCCAUCCCCAGCAUCACAAGAAAAGACACCAGUCGGCAUCAGCACUACUUUUAGCACAGGAUGUGGACAGAGUGGGGCGAUGUUACUAGUCUGAAUCUCGUGGGGGAGACUUUGCAGCUGACUUAACAAACUCCAGACCAUGCAUGCCGUCCACUCCCGGAAUCGCACUCACCGCCCCUCCGCAUACUAACUUCCCGCCAGACCCUGCCCUCCGCGCUCAAUCAGCCCAAUGGCGCCCUCCCUCUCAGCCUCCGUGAGACGCUAAAGACAGUCUGUUGCCUUUGCAGAUCCUUUUGUUUUGACCCUUGACUGAAGUGGAAGUCAGCACAGAGCAGUGCCCUGGCCGCGUCCUGGGCUGGUGGAUGUAGCUAGAGAGAAAAGCUCAGGUGGAGCCCUCCCCGCCCUGGCGCUUUCCCUGGGGGUGGGCCACGUCUAAUAUGUGCCACGUGUAGUCUUGACCAAGCAGAAGCCAUAUCUCAGGGAAAGCCCCUGGUGGAAGUGACUGCCCGCUGAAGGCACAGGGUCCACUCUCAAGUGCUCUUCCCUCGUGCUGCUCAUGGGCAAAAUAAACUUCCUUUGCUCCU